CCAAAAACAAAAAAAUCAUUGAACAAACAUAGGAAUUAGAUAUAACCAUACAGUCGGUUGCCGUGUGUCUGAAAACAAGCCUCAAGCACAAAUCCGUUGCAGGUAACCAGCCAAAAGAGUUUUAGAAAGUGUUCAGCCGUCUACCUGGGCAGCUCAUAGUUGCGACCAUCAGCUGCUGUGUGUAGUGUGACCUUUGUAACGCUUUGCGCCUUCGUCAGUUGAAUCGAUAUUUCACAGCUCAGUUGCAGUAAACGCCUCGUAGCAAUUAUGUGCAUCCUCUUCAUCUACGUGAACAACAACGGAGAACCGGUUCCGGGGGAAUACAAACUGGUGCUAGCAUCGAACCGGGAUGAGUACUACACCCGGCCAGCUAAACCGGCAGCCCCCUGGGAGGAGAGUCCAUUUGUGAUUGGCGGACGGGAUAUGGAACCGGGUCGGGAGGGCGGUACCUGGUUGGCGAUCAGUGGCCAGGAUGGAAUGGUCAAAAUUGGAGCUCUGUUGAAUGUCACCGGUGAGAAUAAGGCAAACGUAACCCUCGGCAGGGGUCCCAUAGUGGCCAACUACCUGGUGGGAUCGCAAUCCAAUGACGAGUAUUCAAAGCAGCUGCUGGCAAACGAUAACUAUGGUCCAUUCAACCUGGUUUCGGUUCAAAUUGAUACCUCUGGCAGCGGCGGCGGGGAUGUGUCGGUGUUGCACACCAGCAAUGCUCCGUGUAAGAUCGACCCGUGUGACCUGGAGGGGCCACUCGGGUUCGGUAACAGCACCCUGGAGGUGCCGCUGCAGAAGGUGAAGCACGGUCGGAAGCAGUUCGGUGACAUCGUUGACAAGCGACUGAAGCUGGAAUCGAAGGAGCUGCUGAUUGAGGAGUUGAUGGAUUUGCUCAAGAGCAAUGAGAAACACCUUCCAGACAAGGAACUGUCCCGUCGGGUGCCCGAGUUCACCGAAAAACUGGCCAGCAUCAACGUGUACUUCCCGGAGUCGGGCUACGGGAGCCGUACCCGCACAAUCAUUCUAAUCGAUCACGAAAAUCGAAUGGACUUCAUCGAGGAGACGAUGGUUUCGGCCGAUCCGGACGGCGAAUGGAACCGAACCUGCCUUCAGCGGCAGUUCUAGUAGUGGCGGACUUUAGU